AGAUGCCCAGGUACUGGAUCAAUUCUCAGGUCUUCUGCAUGGUUCUUCUCCAGUGUGUGACAUAAGUGAGGACCCUUUGAGACUCAUUUCUGCUGUGGGCAAAGGAAGUACAGAAGGAACUGCUAUGCAGCUGGAAGAUGUUGAGGCUUCUGGAUCGGUACAAUCUAGUACUGCAGACCAAAAUAAAGUGGUCUAUUCAGCCAUACGCCAUAUCCGUGACAAGUUGGAUUCUGGAACUUUAGCACAUCCUCAUUUGCCACAGCACCCCGGUAGUGCUGAGGAUGGAGACAAGAGCAGUGUUGUGGGAAGAGUUCAUCCAGGAAGCAAGUCCAAAGCAGACCUCAAACUUAGCCGUAGCUUAUCAAAAUCGGAUUCUGACCUUUUGACCACCUCACCAACAGAGGACGAUACUAUGGGGAGCAGAAGUGAAUCCCUUUCCAAUUGUAGCACUGGGAAAAAAAGGCUGGAGAAAUCACCUUCCUUUGCUUCCGAGUGGGAUGAGAUCGAGAAAAUCAUGAGUUCGAUUGGUGAAGGCAUUGACUUUUCACAGGAGCAGCAAAGAAUGUCAGGUACUGUACUGAAUUUUACAGACAGAUGUGAGUUUUGUAGUCAUACAGGAAUUAUAAAUUACUCUAGUUCUCUUAAAACAUGUCAGUCAUGCAAAAUUGUUUAUUCUCUAGAGGUACUGUCAACAUCCAGCUCGAGAAUCCAAACUCCAGGUUCAGUUCAUUUCCGAAAAGCUUAUUGA